AAUUGUUUAAACAUAUUGAGAGGUAUAUUCUUUUAUUCUUUUUAAAAUUAUACAAGUGUAUGUUAGAGGAGUUUGAAUAUCUUAAAUAUUCAUCCAUAGUGAAGUAUGUUCUGGGAUUAUAAUUGUGUGCUGCGGUGAUAAUGGAAGAUUGAGAACUUGCAUGUCUUAGUGAAGUAGGUUCUGUGAUAUCUAUAUAAUUGCGUGCUGGGGGAGAUAUAAGGAAGAAAAAUUGUUUGUUGUUUGAAUUGAUCGAAUUAUUUGUAUUGAUAUUUACAGAUGGUUAGGUUACAAAUAUAGGGGAAGUGUUGUCCGUUUUAAAUCAUAAAAAAUUGUAUGAAUGAUUUAGAUUAUGAAAGAUUAACAUUUCAAAUUCAUUUAUAUUCAAAGCUCAAGUAGUCAUAUAUUUUGACUACUUCAAGCUUUCAAACCUCUGCAAUGAAUCUUCAAACUGAUUUACUUACUCUUUAGUCCUUAAAUAUAUAUUUUUUAAUUUUUACACAAAAAAUUAAACUUUUGUUUUUCUUGAAUAUUUAUAUCUAUUACAGAUUCUCUGUACACUUUUUUUUUAGGAUUAAACAUAGUUCUGAAAAUAGAUUUUUUUGUGUGUACAUUUUUAGACAAAAUAAUGGCAAUCGAUAAAGAAUGGAUGUCAGUAGAUAGAUUAUCAGUGAAAUAUAGGGAUGGAGUUGAGCAUUUCUUAGAGUUUUGCGCAAGAAAUGCUAAAGAUACUAAUAACAUUUGUUGCCCUUGUAUUAAGUGUGGUAAUAUUCAAAGAAUGAAAAUUACUGAGAUAAAGGGUUACUUAUUUAAGUAUGGAAUAGAUAAAAGUUAUAAGAUGUGGUUUAUGCAUGGAGAAAAAAUCACAUUUAGUAGAGAAUCUCCAUCUAAGAAGAAUAAUUGUGAUUAUGUGAAUGAUGAUGAGAGAGAUGACAUUGCAGAAAUGAUAGGUGACGCACAAUUUGAAUCAGAUUUUGAUCCAGUGAAAUUUCAAUCCAUGUUAGAGGAUGCUGAGAAACCCAUUUACCCUGGUUGUAAUAAGUUCACCAAACUGUCAACACUUCUUAGGUUGUAUAAUAUAAAAAUCAAACAUGGGUUGAGUGAUAAGAGCUUUACGGAUAUACUUUCCUUUCUAGGAGAGUUAUUACCCAAAAAUAAUGAAAUGCCAUUGUCGUUUUAUGAGGCAAAGAAGACAUUGCGUUCGUUAGGCAUGCAAUACGAAAAAAUUCAUGCUUGUCCUAACGAUUGCGUCCUAUAUCGAAAAAGAUUGGUUGAUGCAAAUGCAUGUCCCACUUGUGGUGAGUUAAGAUGGCAGAAGAAAAAGAAUUCUGGUGAGGUUAGGGUAGGAGUUCCUGCAAAAGUUUUAUGGUACUUAUCGCCUGUACCUCGUUAGAUUCGACUUUAUCGAAAUGCUGAUCAUGCUAAAAACUUAACAUGGCAUGCCAAUGAUAGAAUACAGGAUGGUAAACUUAGACAUCCAGCUGACUCACCUGCGUGGAAGAGAGUCGAUUGGAAAUGGCCUGAGUUUGGUAACGAACCUAGAAGUAUUCAUUUAGGCCUUUCUGCUGAUGGAAUUAAUCCACAUACUUCCCUAAGUAGUAAAUAUAGUUGUUGGCCUGUUAUGCUUUCCAUUUACAAUCUACCACUAUGGUUGUGUAUGAAGAGGAAGUUUACUAUGUUGACAUUGUUGAUAUCAGGUCCUAAACAACCCGGAAAUGAUAUUGAUGUAUAUCUAGCUCCGCUUAUUGAUGAUUUAAGCACUCUAUGGUAUGAAGGUGUUGAUGCUUAUGAUGCAUAUAGGAAGGAAGAGUUCAAACUUAGAGCUUUGUUGUUAUGGACCAUUAAUGAUUUUCCUGCGUUAGGCAAUCUAUCCGAGUUUAGUGUGAAAGGGUACAAGGCAUGUCCUAUCUGUGAAGAGAACACAUGUUCUCAAUAUUUGAAGCACUCUAGAAAGAUUUGUUACAUGGGACACAGAAAGUUCUUACCCUGCGAUCAUGUCUUCCGAACAUGGGAAAAACCAUUCAAUGGUUCACAAUAGUUUGCAAUGGCUCCACAACCAUUAUUUGGAAGACAAUUGGUUGAAAAGUUGAAUAAAGUCCAAUUCAAACUAGGAAAGCACAAACAGAGCAUGAAAAGAAAGAGAGGACGUGAAAAUGGUGAGGAGGUUCAAAUUGAUCCUAAGGUUUGUUGGAAGAAGAAGUCUAUAUUCUUUGACCUUGAAUACUGGGAGCAUUUGGUCCUACGUCAUAACUUGGAUGCCAUGCAUAUUGAGAAAAAUGUGUCUGAUAGCCUUAUUAGUACAUUGUUGAAUAUUCCUGGACGGAGUAAGGAUGGAAUUAAUGCUCGACUAGAUUUAAAAGAUAUGGGUGUGCGUACAAAUUUAGCACCAAAGGUUGGUGAGAAACUAACAUAUUUACCACCAGCUUGUUAUACCUUGAAUAAAGAAGAGAAAUGAGGAAUUUGUCAUUGUUUGGCCAAUGUGAAAGUUCCAGAAGGUUAUUCCUCCAAUAUUUCGACAUUGGUAGAUAUGAAAAACUUGAAUUUAGUUGGGUUGAAAUCUCACGAUCAUCAUACACUUUUACAACAUAUUCUACCAAUUGCUAUUCGUUCUGUUUUACCCAAAAAGGUUCGGAAUGCCAUCACAAGAUUUUGCUUGUUUUUUAAAUCUCUUUGUUGUAAAGUGGUAGAUGUUUCUAAGUUGGACAAACUUGAAUCAGAAAUCAUAUACACUUUGUGCUUGUUGGAGCAAUUCUUUCCACCGUCUUUUUUUGAUAUUAUGGUUCACCUAACAGUUCAUUUGGUGAGAGAAGUGAGAUUGUGUGGACCAGUGUAUUUAAGAUGGAUGUACCCUUUUGAAAGAUAUAUGAAGAUUUUAAAAGGUUAUGUUAGAAAUAGAAGCAGGCCUGAGGGUUGCAUUGUUGAGUCUUAUAUCGUUGAAGAAGCAAUGGAGUUUUGUUCAGAUUACUUGUCAGGUGUUUCAAGUGUUGGGGCAUAUCCAUCUCGAAUUCAGAUUGAAAUUAGUAAAGGUGGAAGAGGUGGUGUAGUUUCAGAAAUAAAUCAAGUUGAUCGAGAUGAAGCUCAUCGCUUAGUCUUACAAAAUAUUAACGACGUUCAACCUUACAUCGAGUAAGGUACUUUUAAUUCUAAUUCUUUUGAACAAUUUAAAGAUAUAAGUAAUUAACUUUGAAAACAAUAAUGAAGUUUGGAUCGCUCUAUUUUCAAGGGAGCAUUUCAAUUGGAUCAAAAGUUCCUAUCCAACUAAGUCGAAGAAUAAAAAAUGGCUACAAGAUGAACAUUAUCGAAAUUUUAGCACAUGGUUAGAAAAUCAGGUAAAAAAUUAUUGUUUUGUGAUUCGUGGGCCUAGUUUUAAGUUAGGACGAUAUUUUUAUAUUUUAUAUAUCUGAUUUGUUCUUAAUUUUUGUUUGUAGGUCCUAAUUGAAUUACGUAAAACACCUAAUACAGUGUCAAAAUCAUUAAAAUGGAUAUCACGAGGCCCUACAUUUAAUGUGAUUAAAUAUCAAUCUUAUUAUAUAAAUGGUAAUAAAUUUAACACAAUGGAUCGUGAUAAUAGUAGAAAGACACAAAAUUAUGGUGUUAGCAUUGUUGCCAAAACUUUUCAAGUAUCUAGUUCCAAAGAUAAAAAUCCCAUAGAAUGUGAUAUGACAUUCUAUGGAGUUAUCAAAGAAAUUUGGGAUUUAGAUUAUAUAAAUGUUCGAAUUCCUCUUUUUUUAUGUGAUUGGGUGAAGAGUGAUAGCGGGGUUAAACAAGAGAACCUCAGAUUUACAUUGGUUGACUUGAAUCGAAUGGGGCACAAAUCUGACCAAUUUAUAAUGGCGUCCCAAGCCAAGCAAGUUUUCUAUGUCACUGAUCCUUUAGAUUCUCAUUGGUCAGUUGUGUUAACAAGCCAACCAAAAGACUAUCACCUAAAAGAAUCUCACAACAGCGAAGUUUUACUCGAACAAGAAACUUUUGUGCUUGACGCACCACUUCCUGAUGUCACCAUUGAGGAUGCAAACAUUGGUUUACGUGAGGAUGGUGAAGGUUUAUGGUUUGAAAAUUAAGUGUUACUUGACAAAUUAAGUGGUUUUUACAUGAAAACACUCUUAGAACAAGGUACACAAGUAUGGAUCCCCCUUUAUCUGAUGAUGAUGUUGACCCAUUUGGCGAUGACAAUGAUGAGAUGGGUGAAAUCCCACAAGAAGUUAAAAUUUCGAAGAUAUAUAGGGGAAAAACAGUUUGUGCUGACGUCAUAAAGGCUAGAAGUGAGGGUCGAAAAUUAGUGGUAGAGUAUAAUCAAUUGGGGAUAUCAAUUGGAAAAGGGGCAACAAAGAUGGCAAGUCGUAUUGGAGUGUUUGCACGUUGUCACAUUCCUUUGAAUAUCGAUGAUUGGAGGUUGGUCCCAAAUGAAACUAAAGAGCUAAUUUGGAAGGAAAUUAAUGAGUCAUUCGAUGUACAGGCCACAUCUAAAGCUAAAGUUUUGAGUGAAGUCGGGGACCGAUGGAGAGAUUGGAAGAGUUGGCUAACAAAAAAUAAAGUUGAAAAGUACAAAGAAAAAGCUCCUGAACUCCUUGCCCAUCCACCAGAUGCAUGGAGUAACUGGAUCAAACAAGAUGAUUGGGAAGGAUUCGUUGCUAAGAGAUUAUCUCCUCAGUGGGCUGAGCUAAGAAAAGAGAAACAAGGUGCACGGGCACAGAACAAAUACAAUCACCGCACAGGACGGGGUGGUUACAAACAGAUAGAGCAACAACUUGAAGCAGAAUUAGGCCACGAACUAACAGAUUUUGAUAGAGCUGAUAUGUGGUUAAGGAUAAGAAAGGAUAAAAAAGGAGAGUCAACUGAGGAUGUAGCAUCAAUUAAGGAGAAGAUUGUUGACUACAAACAAAAGGUAGCAAAAGGAACUUUGGUGGUGGAAGGAUCCAAAGAUGUCCUAACAUUGGCUUUGGGCACCCCUGAGCAUUCUGGACGUGUUAGGGGGAUGCCUAAAGGUGUCACCCCUACACAAUUUUUUAAGACACCAAAGCCUAAGAGAAAAAGUUAGCUCAAAGUAUCUACUUCAGAAGAUAGCCGCAUUAAUAGGCUGGAAGAGCAACUUUGACAAUCUGAUGAGAGGAACCGUCGAACUGAGGAGAAAUUAAAUCAAUUGAUGGAGCAAUUUAGAUCGACACAUAGCAAUAUCGAUGAGUCAUCGCAUGCAUCUGGUUCUUGUGUGGGCAGAGCAGCCUCUAAUGUAUCACCACCACCACCACCACUAGCACCAUAUGUUGAACAAGAGGUUGUUCCACCAGUACUAGCACCACCACCACCACCACUAGCACCACAUGUUCAACAAGUGCUUGUUCCACCAAUACUAGCACCACCACCACCACAUGUUCAACCAAUGAUUACUCCACUAGAACCACAAGUUCCACCAACUAUGCAUGAGCAUAUUAAAUGCAAGCUUGCUAUCAAAACGAGAGACAACAUAGUUGCAUCGGGAUACAUCCUUAAGACUGAUAGUACAGAUAUCCAUGGAAAAAAGAUGCCUAAAGAAGUUGCUCGUGUAGUCGUUGAGGUAGCCCACGAUGAGAUGGCUAGGCUACAAUUUCCUAAUUUGAAUGUAGGGAUCACUUUGGUAGGUCAAGCAGUUGGGGUACCAGUAGCAUGGCAUAAACAUCUUAUUAUCGAUGAAAAAGAGAAAGCAAGAAGAUAUUGAGGCAAUGAUACCUUCCACUCAACAUCCACAGCCCCCAAAGCUUCCGCGUGUAGAGCCAUUGACAUAGGAGGUAGUGUCAAUCUCUCACAAUGAUUCGGCAUCUAUGUCAAGCAAUUUGACCUCUUUAUUGAAGUUUGUAUCACCAUGGGAUAAUGACUACCACAACAACAUUAAUAUCCCAUCGCAUGUUUUUGGAUACAACACGAUUGCUAUGCUUUUCAAGGAUGAUGUGACGCAAUUUUACAAUAUGGACAAGAUUGGGCAAACUCCAAUGAUAUUGUAUUUGAGUGCCGACAACAACCAAAAACCACAGAGUGCGGUAUCUACUGCAUGAAGUAUGCUAGGGAUCUCAUUUCACAACGAAGAACCAGAGCAUAUCUAUCGAAUAAUUUCAAUUCAGAUUUACCAUAUACUGACGCAGAACUUAAUGAAGUUCAAGAAGAGUGGGCAAAAUAUAUUCUACUGCAACUCGCUAAAUGAUGGCAUGCUUGCAUAGUACCUAUGUGAGGGGAUUUAAUCAUUUUUUGAACUUUUUAUUUCUUUUAUUAGAAAUUGUUAGAACUAAUCAAAUACAUAAUCAAUCUAACAAAUUAUAUGUAGUUAAUUUAGCUUUUUGAGGUGUAUAUUGCGCUAAAUAUUCAUUUUAUGACAAACUUACUUAGAAAGUGUUAUAACUAAUCAAAUGUAAAGUUAAUGUUACUAAUGUUAAUUUAAU